AUGCCCAGCAGCAUACUCCACGAAGAUGACGGCACCGGGCCCAUAACGCCAGGCUCGCGCGUUCCGUUGCAUCGAAGCACAAGCCACAGCUCGCAAUGGUCAAUCCCCGACACGCCCACGCACCAUCUUCAAGGCACGUCCUACUUCACCGAGCGCUCUACAUCUCCGACGCAGCAACGACGGGCGGUCCCUGCCAGUCGCGGACGGACACCAUCAAGUAGCUCCGCCGUCCGCAGGCCAAGGGGGCCGUCCAGGAGCACCAGCGUCACAUCUACCGGACGAGGCUUUCGAGAUCGCGAUCCGCUAGACGAAGAGAACGAGGAGGAUAUAUCCGAAGAAGCUGGGGAGAACGGCGAUUCGUCGGGCAACGACACCCCGCGCGCAGGUGAAGACGAAGACGGAGAGUAUGAGGACGAAGAGGAAGACCCCAUUACGCUCAAGGACCGUCAAUCGCUUAUCAACGUCGAGCACCCAUUCGGACUGCGUAUCUGGAAGCCCGCGCUCUACAAGAAGCAACGGUCCGUGACCAAGUACGCAGACCAGGAGCUGCACUCGGUCCCCAGUGCGCAGGCGGAGCGCCAUCUACUCCCCGGGAACAUCUUCUGGUUCCUUGCCUUUGGAUGGUGGCUCGCUGUGGUAUGUUUCGUCGUCUCCGCAUUUCUCUACAUCACGCCCAAAGGUGGAAGUGUCUAUUCCACGCUGGUCUUCGGCCUGGGAUGGUACAUCGCUUGGCCUUUCGGGAAGUACGUAGAAGGAGACCUUGGGGCUAUGGACGAAGACGAAGAGCACGCCGUACCUCCUCACUCUGCACGUUCGGAGGCCUCCCCCCGUCGCAGCGAGUCCCAAGCCAGUGGUUCAACUAUACCCGCCUCAUCAUCCGCGUACGACACCGUCACCCCGUUGACUUCAGCCCUCCGAGAACCCAGCUCCGAGUCGUGGGUCGGCAGGCCCGAUGCUACGACUUCAUUGCUGAGUGCUCCGAACGGUUCAACGCGUCCGUCCUCUCGUCCUCUCCCUGCAAAAUCGUACGGCGCCACUCCAUUGCAAUCUACCUUCGCCAUCGGGGCCGCGAGCACAGCUAGCAGGGCAGAAAAUUGGCUGGGGAAGGCGGUCUUCUGGCUUGCGAUAACCUCCCUCAUCGCCCCCCUCAUGCUUCUUGUCUCGGUCAUCUGUUGGUUCUUUAUCUUCACCAUCCCAAUGGCGCGGCUGAACUGGGCCCUUAUCAAACACCUCUUCAAGCACCCCACAUGUCUCCGGUUCUGUGCCGCACCAUAUGUGCCCGUGGUCGAUGACCGCCAGGAAGCGUCUGAAACUUCAGAUGGGUCCGCCGAGACGGAAGCAACCCCCGUCACGCUCAAGCACGCCAGACUGUCCGCAGGCCAAGCAGCCCCGUCCGGCUCUCCGACCUCUACCGUGCUUCUGUGCACGUACCGUGCGUGGGGCUGGAAAUACUACAAGUACACCGUCGGCGGCGUCAACAUAAUCUUCAUCAACCUCCUCCCGUUCGUCAUUUUCGCGAUCAUUGACGGUAUCGUGCUCCUCCCCAUGGUCGAGCGGCGGGAGCACACCGGCCAACAUAUUCCCGCCUUCCUCGCAUUUAUCACCUCGCGCGCACUCAUAUUUGUAAUGAGUCUGGCUAGUGUCAUCCCGCUCUCCUACUUCAUCGGCAUGGCCGUCGCCUCGAUCUCUGCGCAGUCGUCGAUCGGCAUGGGCGCGGUGAUCAACGCCACGUUCGGCUCGCUCAUCGAAAUCCUGUUGUACGGAAUUGCGCUCACGCAAAGGAAGGGCCACCUGGUCGAAGGAUCGAUCGUCGGCAGUCUGCUUGCGGGCGUCCUCCUCAUGCCGGGCCUGAGUAUGGUCAGUGGUGCGGUCAGGCGCAAGGAGAUGAGGUUCAAUGCGAAGAGUGCGGGCGUCACCAGCAUGUUGCUCAUCAUGGCGUUCAUCGGCACCAUCGCUCCCACUCUGUUCUAUCAGACCUACGGAACUUUCGAGCUGGUCUGUGAAGGGUGCCCUGAUGAUAUGGUCUCGGUCCUCGCGAAGCCAUGGAAAUGCGACCAAUGCUAUUAUGAAUACCCGGACCCGGUCGAGGACCCAUUCUAUCAGUCCACGGUGAAGAGUCUCAUGUACUUCUGCGCCGUCGUCCUCGUCUUGUCGUACCUCAUCGGUCUUUGGUUCUCACUACGGACUCACGCAAGCCAGAUCUGGCAGAACCCUCAACCGCUCCUCCACCAAACCGAACCUAACCUUGCUCAAAGCAACAGGCUUUCGAUGUAUCAUAAACUCCUGCAAAACACCCAGUUGCGCCACAAACCCAGCUUUCUCACCACGCCGGCAGUUGAAGAUCUCCCUUCGCUCCCAGGCGACGGCCCUACCUCGUCGCAGCACCUGCAACCGGCCGCCCCCAUCCUCCAAAUCCCACCCGCGCGCGACCCGAACGCACGCCGGAUCUCGUACGCUCAGCCGCCGGUCAAUGUCCCGCUCGAGAAUCCGAUCCUGGAGACGGUCGAUCACACAAUCAAGCACACGGGCAUCCAGCCACCACGGAGUCUGACCACGGACGAGUUUACGCGUGCCGUCGCCGUCGCGACGGUGAGCGCACUCCGGCACCAACAACAGCACGGGCCGCCCCCGGCGUCGCCCGCUCGCCUCCGCCACCCAGAGGCGGACGCCGGUGGGCAUGGCGGACACGACGCGCCGUCGUGGAGCCGGACGAUGAGUGCGAGCGUCCUGCUUGGGUGUACGGCACUGUAUGCCAUCAUUGCCGAAAUCCUGGUGGACGUUGUCGAUGUGGUGUUGGAAGGCUCGGGCAUCGACGAAAAGUUCCUCGGCGUGACGCUCUUUGCUCUGGUACCGAACACCACGGAGUUUAUGAAUGCCAUCUCGUUCGCUCUGAACGGAAACAUCGCACUGAGCAUGGAGAUUGGCUCCGCCUACGCUCUGCAGGUCUGUCUGCUGCAGAUUCCAGUUCUCGUCGCGUUCUCCGCCUGGUACGCCCCCGAGAAGAUGGGCAAUGUGGCCGAAACUUUCACAUUGAUAUUCCCCCGCUGGGACAUCAUCGCGAUCAUCCUCUCUGUCUUCCUGAUGACGUACACCUACAUCGAAGCCAAAAGCAACUAUCACCGCGGCUCCAUCCUCAUCCUCAGCUACCUCGUGCUCGCCUCUGGCUUCUACUACGCCCCUGCACGGACAGAGGCUGGCGGGGAGAUGUUUCCCGUCGUGGGCAACCUCGCGCAGGCGUUCAGAGGCUCUCUGUCCUCGUUCUCUCCAUCCGCUUGA